ACUCUCGCACCUCUGUCUGUUGCAUUUUAAAUUAUAUAUAAAAAAAAAAAAAAGGAGAAAGAAAAAUUACAAAGAAACUUUGCUUUUCUUUCCUUUGCAGACAAGCUAGUUAAAGCUUAAGCAGUUGUCUCCCAUCGUUUUCGUUUUACUUAUUUUUCUCUUUCUGAAAUAGAAAUAAAGGGCGAAUAUCUUGACGUACUUCGAUCUGUAGUAAGUCUGUUUUUGGGAAAAUGGCAUCUGGAUCAUCGGGUCGGGGCAACUCGGGUGGUUCCAAAGGGUUCGAUUUUGGGUCCGAUGAUAUUCUUUGCUCGUAUGAGGACUACGGGAACCAGGAAUCGUCUAAUGGUAGCCACGCCGAACCGGUAAUCGGUACCAACAGCUCUACCAAGGAUUUUCACAAAGGCAGAAUGGCACGAUCAAUAUUUCCACCUAAUGCAUACAGCCAGCCAGAUGAUUCAUUCUCCUUGGACUUGACUGCUACUGUUGAAAAAACCAUGAAAAAAUAUGCAGACAACCUCAUGCGCUUUCUUGAGGGAAUAAGUUCACGACUGUCACAGUUGGAGUUAUAUUGCUACAAUCUUGAUAAAUCAAUUGGAGAAAUGCGUUCUGAUUUAGUUCGUGAUCAUGGAGAUGCAGAUUUAAAGCUUAAAUCUAUUGAGAAACAUCUCCAAGAGGUCCACAGGUCUGUGCAGAUCCUAAGAGAUAAGCAGGAGCUAGCUGAGACUCAGAAGGAAUUGGCUAAAUUACAACUUGUGCAAAAGGAGUCUUCUUCUUCUUCCAGCCAUUCACAAUCCACUGAGGAGAGAGCAUCACCACCUGCCUCUGAUUCUAAAAAAACUGACCACACAUCUGAGAUGCAAAACCAGCAAUUAGCUCUUGCCCUGCCUCAUCAAGUAGCACCACCACAACAGCCUGUGGCGCCACACUCUCAAGCCCCACCUCAGAAUUUGACCCAACAAUCCUACUAUAUACCUUCAAACCAAUUACCCAACCCCCAAGCCCCAGCUCCUGCUCCAGUCCCAGCCCCUGGCCCUGUCCCACCUCCAUUUCCCACCCCAGCCCCAGCUCCACCACCAACCCAACACCCUCAGAGUCGGUAUUUACCUUCUGAUCCUCAAUACCGAACUCAGAUACAAGACAUCUCUAGGAUGCCACCACAGCCUACACAGUCCCAAGUAAAUCAGGUACCACCUGUCCAAUCAUUCCCUCAGUAUCAGCAACAAUGGCCACAACAAUUACCACAGCAAGUACCACAGCAACAGCAGUCCUCUAUGCAACCACAGAUGAGGCCCGCAUCAACACCAGCUUACCCUCCCUAUCCUCCUACACAAGCAACAAACCCAUCUCCGCAAGAGGCAUUACCAAAUAGCUUGCCUAUGCAAGUUCCAUAUUCUGGAGUUCCUCAAACUGUAUCUAACCGUGCUGAUACCAUUCCCUAUGGGUAUGGAGUGCCUGGCAGAACAGCUGCUCAGCAACCUCCUCAGCAAAUCAAGGGCACUUUUGGAGCACAACCAGCUGAUGGUUACAUGGCUCCUGGCUCUCAUCCCCCACUUCCUCCAGGAAGUGCAUGCAUGAUUUAUGAUAGUGAAGGGGGUAGAAUGCAUCAUGCACCCCAACAGCCUCACUUCUCACAGGGUGGGUAUCCCCCUGCAAAUGUCUCUCUCCAGACUCCUCAACCUGGCACUGGCCCUAAUGCUAUGAUUAGGAACACUAGCCAUUCACAGUUUGUUCGCAACCAUCCCUACAGUGAUCUGAUUGAAAAAUUAGUGAGCAUGGGUUUCAGGGGUGAUCAUGUAGCCAGUGUGAUUCAGAGGAUGGAGGAGAGUGGUCAGACGGUGGAUUGUCAUGCUGUGCUUGAUAGGUUGAAUGUGCAUUCCUCUGGUGGUUCUCAGAGAGGAGGAUGGUGAAGGCCAUUGCAUACUUGAAUCGACCUUGAAUAUUAUUUGAAUAAAAGGGUGUGUUCUUGUGUAUAUCCUGGGAGGGAUAUGAGUAUUUGUAUGUUACCUCCAAAUGCAACGUCUGCUUGAAAGUGUUGUUUUAUUUGGGUUAAUUGCAUCAUUACCUUGUGCUGUUA